AUGGAUCUGUCCAGAAAAAGUGAAGAGGAGGAUUUCAAACUAAAGCACAUUAAAGCGUACAUUUGCAAACCAGUUUCAAGUUCAAUGAGAAAAUUUAUUCCGGCAAAGUGGAUGGAGUAUGAAGAAAUCUUUGAGAUCAUAAAAUCAAAAGAGAAAACACCUGUGAUUAGUAUAGACGAUCUUCUGGAAAUGAUUGAUCACAUGCAGACAGAAAUGGUGGAUGUUGAAAUUCACGACAUGCUGCAUUAUUUUCAUAAAAAUGGAAGCAUUCUUUUCUUCAAUAUGGACAGAUUGCGAGAAAUUAUCAUUUUAGAUAUCCAGUGCCUUUAUAACAAUCUGUUAAACGCCAAAGCUGCCAAUUUGCCACAGGGACAUCGAGAAAUACUGGGAGAAUAUCUACAGAAAUUGGGAAUGAUGCAUCACAUCGAGGGAUUUGAAAUUUCGGAACACAAGAAGAUCAAUGCUUGGUACGUUCCUUGUGUAAACACCAAAACAUUUACCCCAAAGAAAGAGAAAUACGGGAACAGCAAGUCAUCACCCAUUUUAUGUUUCCGAUUUGAAGAUUAUUUGCCUAUAGAUUUCUUUGGAAGGAUGAUUGUUCUCUGCUUGGGUUCAGGAAAAUGGUGUACUGUUAGUGGUCAUCUCUACAAGGAAGGUGCGCACAUGCUUUAUCGGGAAACAGAUGAAAGCAAAAUCGAUCCAUUACAGGUUUAUUUGUUCACAGCAAGAGAAAUUAUUACGGUCCAAGUAAUCAACCGAUCAACAACAAAAUUACAAGGAACGGGAGUUAGAAAGGAAAUCCAAAAUACCAUUCAAGAACUUCUAGCAAAUUUCUAUGCAUGCUCAAUGAAUUGCAAAAUUGGAUUGUUGUGCAGUAAAAAGGAAGGUUACAAAGAAUCGUCCGGGAAACAUUUCAUAUCAAUGAACUCCAAAGACAAAUAUUGUCAUGUCUGUGAAAAUGAUGUCAAGCGUGAGGCGGAUCAAGCAUGGGGAUUCUGGAAUUUUUUACACAAGGAAGACUAUACCUUAAAUAAAAUGGAAUCAGUGGAAGGAGAAAGACACUGGAUUAUCGUUUGUUGCCAGGCCUAUCGAAAGGUCCGGGGGAAAAUACUCUUUGAUUUCAAUGCAGCAAAAGACAUGGAAUUUGGAACUUUCUACACUUCUCUGCUGAAGAAAAGGGGCUCAAUUACAACUACAACCGGAUAACACGCUAUAGAUCAAGAGACCAACAUGAAAAGUCUUGACAGUUUUGUUGAUAUUGGUGUGAAGUUAAAACAUCUUAGCGAUGCUUUCUAUACAAGUAAAAGGAAUAAGGAAAAAAACAUGGCAUCCAUGAAGGAAAUUGCGCACACUUUGAAAAAAGUGAG